AUGUUAACAUUAACAAACGACAUGUUGAUUAAUAUUACAAAACAAGUAGCAAUCUAUUUUGGUAUACCAGUUCUAUGUGCUGGUCUUCUUGGUAAUAUUCUUAAUAUUAUUGUUUUUCUUAGUCUCAAAACAUUUAGACAAAAUUCAUGUGCUUUCUUCUUAAUUAUCAUGUCUUUUCUCAAUAUCGGCCAACUAUUAACAAGUUUAGUCUCACGAAUUUUUAUUACUGGAUUUAAUAAUAAUUGGACAGAAACUUCAAUAUCAUUUUGUAAAUUUAGAAACUAUUGUCUUCAAGUAUGUGCAUUAACAUCAUCAACAUGUAUGUGUUUAGCAACGAUUGAUCAAUUCUUAGUUACUUCACUUCGUUCUCGAUGGCAACAAUUAUUUAAUAUCAAAAGAGCAUAUAUUUUAUGUAUCGUAUUUUUUAUUAUUUGGCUUCUUCACGGAGUUCCAACAUUAAUUUGGUUUUCUCCAGUUAUUUCAAGAAGAACAAAUGAUAUUACUUGCACAAUAAUAAAUCUAAACUAUCAACAAUAUUUCACUUAUGGUUAUACACUGAUUUUAACUGGUAUGCUUCCAAUACUCAUUACAGUAGUAUUUGGAACAUUAGCAUAUCGAAAUGUGAGACAAAUUCGUUUUCGAAGAGUACCAAUAGUCCGACGUGAAUUAGAUAAGCAGUUAACUUCAAUGGUUCUUAUUCAAGUUGUUCACAAUUUCUUCGUUGUUGUACCAUAUGUUACUAUCCUAAUUAUUUUAACGUCGACGACACCGACAAAUUAUCCAUCUAAUUAUAUGCAAAUAGUUCUUGCUAUUGCAAUAACUGGUUUUAUUUAUUACUUAUAUUUUGCCAGUCCAUUUUAUAUUUAUAUUUGUGUAUCAAAACGAUUUCGUCAACAACUGAAUCAUGUCCUAUUUGGUCGUUAUAAGAAACGACCAGUUGAACAAAUCAUAAGUAUCAAUCAAAUUUUACCAGUAUUUCAAGAAUUUUAA